AUGAGGAAGCUGAUUAUUGAGUCUAAUGACCACUGUGACAAAACAGAAGUCGAAGGUGGCAUCACUCCUGCCUUCCUCCACUCAUGCCCUGGGGCAGCCCUAGGGUAUGGUCAGUCCACAGCAGCCAGCCUAGAGGUGUUUCUUUCUGGACAGGAGCCACCUCGGGACCGAGCCUUAGUGGACCAUGAGAACGUCAUCAGCUGCCCCCACCUGGGCGCCAGCACCAGGGAGGCCCAGAGUCGCUGCGGGGAGGAAGUCGCUGUCCAGUUUGUGGACAUGGUGAAGGGGAAAUCUCUAGCGGGGGUUGUGAACGCCCAGGCCCUUACCAGUGCCUUCUCUCCACACACUAAGCCUUGGAUUGGUCUGGCAGAAGCUCUGGGGACACUGAUGCGAGCCUGGGCUGGAUCUCCCAAGGGGACCAUCCAGGUGGUAACACAGGGAACAGCCUUGAGGAAUGCUGGAAACUGCCUAGGCCCUGCAGUCAUUGUGGGCCUCCUGAAAGAAGCUUCCAAGCAGGCGGAUGUGAACUUGGUGAACGCCAAGCUGCUGGUGAAAGAAGCUGGCCUUGAUGUCACUGCCUCCCACAGCCCUGCCACAACAGAGGAGCAGGGCUGCGGGGAAUGCUUUCUGACCGUGGCCCUGGAAGGCGCCCCCUACCAGGCUGUGGGCUCAGUCCAGGGCACCACGCCUGUGCUGCAGGCGCUCAAUGGAGCUGUCUUCACGCCAGAAGUGCCUCUCCGCAGGGGCCUGCCCCUGCUCAUGUUUCGGGCUCAGCCCUCCAACCCUGCAAUGCUGCCUACCAUGCUUGGCCUCCUGGCAGAGGCAGGUGUGCGGCUGCUGUCCUACCAGACCUCACUGGUGUCAGAUGGGGAGACCUGGCACGUUAUGGGCAUCUCCUCCCUGCUGCCCAACCUGGAAGCAUGGAAGCAGCAUGUGAACGAGGCCUUCCAGUUCCAGUUCUAACCCUGGGGCUCACUGGUCCCAGCCUCUGGGGCUUUUGUGAAGAAACCUGCCCACUGUGAUCAAGAGGGAGAGGAGAGCCACAUUCCUGGGGCUGGACACAGACUCGUCUAACCCUGCAGUACAGCAUAACCAUCUAAUAAAGCGCCUACCCCAAA